AUGGACGGAAGUUUAGAUGAUAGUAUUUUGCUGAAAGAAUUGAGAAUUUAUCAAUGCAUAUUUUCGGUGUUUGGUUUGAAUUUACCACCAUUUUUAAUAUAUCGUUCACAUAAGGGAGUUAAAUAUUACUUUGUCUUAAUAACAUACAUCAUGUAUUCUCUUAUACUCCUAGCGGCUGCUAUAUGGGCUGCUCACAGGCAUAAUUAUAUUGUCAAAAAAGCCGCUCUUCGAUAUAAUUUGGACGUUAUGACCGAAUACGUUACCUAUAUACAAAACGUCGCCAUGGCUGGUCUGCAGUUAUUAUUUGAAUUUAAAAGUUGCUGUUGUUGUCACAAGCUUUGCGAAAUUUUGCUAAGUAUUAGAAAAUUGGAACUGAAAAUGUUGACAAUGUGCCCGGCCAUUCUUAAGGAACAAGCUUUAAAAAGACGCCUGAUGAUGACCACCGCUCCAGGUUUAUUUCUUUCGGUGUCAUUCUUAAUAUAUUUCAAUAGCAUGCUUUUAGGCGGAGAUCUUGAAUUGAAGAAUAAAUUACUAGCUGUUAUUUUCUUGAUGACUAUACAAAUUAAAUUUCUAGAAUUUGGAAGUUAUGUACAAUUAAUUUAUGAAUAUUUGUCAAUGUUGUUGAAAAGCUUGAGAUGCCUCAAAGAAAAAGUCACUAAUACAACAGCAAGGAAAAAACCUUUGGAAUGGUAUUUUUGGAAAACUUUAAAGCAAAAUCAAGCUAGCUUAAUAGAAAUUUGGUUAUUGGUCUAUAAACUGGAACAAUAUUUUGCAUGGCCGAUAUUGCUAUUGUUUCUCUAUAAUGGCAUUAUCAUAUUGUGCACAGUGAGUUGGGCAUAUGUUCGCUAUAUAUAUGAAACAAAUCCUGUUUAUCAAAUUAGUAAGUGA